CCCAGCUGUCGAAAAAAGUUGAAAGAACGCUGCCCAAACCUGUUGCAAAAGCUUGAACGUUUCCUCUACGAAAGGAAUCUUGAUAACUCAUUAAGGCCUGUUCUUGGCUUCACAUUUUGCCAAGGCAUCCAUUACUCUUGCCAUGGGUGACUCUCCAGAUAAACCACCCGCGGUCUCCACCUCUAAAACAUCAUCUGUAGAGUCGACAAGUCGAAUAAAAAGACCACGAGCAGCGUCCGAUGCACAGCAUAAGGUGGGGCUUGCCUUUGUUCAAACCAUGCACGCUCCUGGAAACUUGUCAAGAAGAACGUCCCAAACGCAGAUGGGGUCAGAGCGUGGGUCGGUGUAUGGAGAAAGGAGCGAAGGUGGACGCGAUAGCGUGGUAUCAUCGCCGAGCGUAUACGGUCGCUCAUCAGUUUCCGGUUCUCUGGGACUUGCACUAGGGGCUGCACAGCCAACCGGUGCAGUUUUUGCGACCCUUGCUAGGCAACUGAGCUCUGAUACUGGGUUGUUGAGGAAGGGGAGUAUAGACGCAAUGGCAGUGCUACCGCCGUCUUCGGCCCCUCCCCUUCCACCUGAUCAGGCGAAAGGGAGAGAUGUUAGUGUCACCCGUGUUGCUUUACCUUCAAACCCACCGGUUGAACCACAAGAUGAAUACCCAGAUCCCGACGAUCUACCGGAAGAUGAUAAUUCCUCUUCAAUGAUUGUUACGAGGGCUAUGUUAGGCUCGCGGCAACCCUCAAAACAAGAGAUUGAGCUUAGUGAAGAACAAAUAGCGCGUGUUGCGAGCUGGAUUGGUGAUUUAGUGAUUAAUGAAAGUAUAGAGGAGGAGCAACACAAGGAAAUACCACCUUUGGCUUCUGAGGAUGGAGCCGGAACUCCUGAUGCUCGACCUGGCGGUGCCUUGGCUUCCAACGCGUCCCGAGUGACACCAGCGUCUGACGAGAAACCCCCAAACGUAAGCGUAAACUCUUUCCGAACCAGUCUUACAGACGCUGGAGAACACGUACCCAGCGAGUUGCUAUCUCCGGUUACGUCCGAGUCGGAAACCAAACCAGGUGACGAAUGGAUAACGCAUAGCAUGCGAGACGGCAUUGCGCUGGCGGAUGCUGGAGAUACCGGACGUUCUCCACUAAAUAGCUCUUUACCAAUUCGACCGACAUCUACCUCAAGCACUGAACGCCAACAGCAAUACUUGGCGGAGGACACUGACCCACUACUGGAGGAGGUGGACCAACUGCACCGCGAAGUAAUCGCAUCAGAAGAGGAGCCCCUUCUUGGAGGCAGGAAAGCCAUGCGAAACAAUACGUUAUGGUGGAAGAUGGUGUCAUGUUUUGACUUCCUCCUAUGCUGUAAUAGAUCCGAUUUAGAGGAUAUUGAUGUAUGACUGUUGAAGAUAUUUGACAAUCCGAUGGACGACACAUAUAAUCUCCAGACGAGGAGGUUUGUAAAUACACGUAUUAUAUUUCUGUCAAACAGUUUCAAUCCGUC